UGCGCCUGCGCCUCUCCCUCCCCCGCCCCGUUCGUCACCGCGUUGCUGCGCUUUGACUUCAUCAGAGCGAGCCGGAAGUGCUGGGGUGCCGUCGGGAUGGAGAAGAUGAUCUACAGCAAACUGCCUGUGCUGGCCACCCAGCACCUGGGCAUCCAGCGUCAAGGAUCAAAGCAGGCUGAAGCUUUUGUAAAAGCCUUUCUGAAGCGUAGUAUGCCAAAAAUGAAAGAUGAAGCUAUCCAGGAUAAAUUAACUCGAAAAGCUGUAGUUCUUCGGCAUUAUCUGAGAAGAAAGAAGAAGGAGAAAAGAAAGAAAACAAAGGGGUUUUCUGCAAAGCAGAGAAGAGAAAUGCAGCUCUUUGAAAUUAAACCAGAACAACAGAAGUAUGAGUUGUUUCUUCCGUUACACGAGCUCUGGAAACAAUACAUACGGGACCUGUGCAACGGACUCAGACCAGAGGCGCAACCACAGAUGAUUCAGACCAAACUGCUAAAAGCUGAUCUUCAUGGAGCUGUUGUUACAGUGACAAAAUCAAAAUGUCCCUCUUAUGUUGGGGUUACGGGAAUCAUUCUACAGGAAAUGAAACACAUUUUCAAAAUUGUCACUAAAGAGGACAAAUUAAAGGUUAUUCCCAAGUUUAAUAAUGUAUUUAGCAUAGAGAUUGAUGGCUUUAUUUCCUACAUCUAUGGAAGUAAGUUUCAGUUUAGAGCAAGCGAACGAUCUGCGAAAAAGUUCAAAGUAAAAGGAACUAUUGACUUGUGAUUGUGUAAAGGAAAUUCAGAAGCGGUUGAAGAAAUUACUGUUUCUUUUUAAGUGAUGGAAAGUGAUUGGGCCUUCACAUGUGAACUGAAAAUUAAGCUAAAACUCAAACUGUAUGCAACUCUUUUCUGAAGCAUUUCUUCAUAUUGAGGAAUGGAUUAAAUAUACAACUGAUAUGAAUGAUUAUUUGUUGUGUUCACUGAGGAUUUGGGGAAAUGACCUCACUGCUUUGGUCUUUUUAUAAUAAAUUAAUCUUGGUGAUCCAAA